UCACUACUUUUCCUUCCACUUUUUAUCAAUUCCUAAUUCUAUGGGAAAUAACAAAAAAGGAUCAUCUUCUUCCUCCUCUUCUUCUUGGUUAACUGCUGUUAAAAGAGCUUUUAGAUCUCCUAUUAAAGACCCUCAAAAAAAGAAGCAAAUUAGAACAAGAGAUGAAAUUACUGAACUUGAUGAAGAUGAAGAAGAAAAGAAGAAGGAAAAGCGAAGAUGGCUUUUUAGAAAAAAUGGGACAUCACAUCAGGCUCCGCUUAUCAAAGCGGAGAAUGAUGAUGUGUCUGCUCUUCCCACAGGAGGAGAGGACCAGAGUCAUCAUGACAUUGCUGUAGCUGUGGCAACUGCACAGGCGGCUGCAGCUGUCGCAGCUCAUGCAGCUAUACAGGUGGCUAGACUAGCCAAGCCACCUGUUGAUGAUACUUCUUUUUAUCCAAAUGACAGGGAGCGUCAAGCUGCAACUGUAAUUCAAACAGCUUUCAGGGGAUAUCUGGCAAGAAGGGCUCUAAAGGCACUAAAAGGUCUAGUGAAAUUGCAAGCUUUAGUGAGAGGUCACAAUGUUAGGAAACAAGCCAAGAUGACUCUCAGAUGCAUGCAAGCUCUUGUUAGAGUUCAAGCGCGGGUAUUGGACCAGCGAUUUAAGCAAUCUCAAGAAGGAAGUAGAAAAUCAACAUUUAGUGAUACCAGUAGCAUGUGGAAUUCCCAGUAUCUUCAAGAUAUCUCAGAUAGAAAAUCAAUGUCAAGAGAUGGAUGCAGCAUACCAGAUGAUUGGGAUGAAAGGCCUCAUACUAUUGAAGAGGUAAAAGCAAUGCUGCAAAAGAGAAAAGAAGCUGCUUUGAAACGCGAAAGGACCUUAUCCGACGCCUUUUCACAACAGACGAGGAGAACAGGCAGAAAUUCCUCUAUAGACAGUGAUGCAGAUUUUGGAGAAAAACAUCAAUGGAUGGACCGGUGGAUGGCUGCAAAACCAUGGGACAGUAGUAGGGGCAGAGCAUCAACUGAUCAGAGUACUGAUCCUGUUAAAACUGUUGAAAUGGAUACCUCGCAACCAUAUUCGUAUUUACCUCCUAAUUUAAGAAGAUCAGAAGAACAACAACAUCAACAUCAACACCAACGACCAAGUUCACCCCUUCAUAGAACUCACCAAAAUCUAUCUUUUCAAUGCCCCGUUACACCUUCUCCAUCCAAAACAAGGCCUAUUCAAGUCCGCUCAGCAAGUCCUCGAUGUCCAAAAGACGAAAAAAGUUGCUACACAGCUCAAACUCCAAGCCUGAGGCCUAAUAAUAACUAUUCCUUUAACGGUAGCUCACAACAACGUAAUAGACUAACUUCUAGUGCUGCUGCAAUUCCUAACUACAUGGCUGCUACCGAGUCUGCUUUAGCAAGAAUUCGUUCACAAAGUGCCCCAAGACAGAGACCAUCGACUCCAGAGAGAGAUCGAGCUGGAUCAGCUAAGAAACGACUUUCUUUCCCUGUCCCUGACCGUUGUGGCAAUGUCCCGUCAGGCUAUGGAUCAGGGUAUGAACAUAGUCUUAAGAGUCCAAGCUUUAAAAGCCUUAGUGGAGUACAUUUCGGAUAUGAACAACAAUCUAACUAUUCUUCGUGCUACACGGAGAGUCUUGGUGGCGAGAUCUCUCCAUCCUCAACUAGUGAUUUACGAAGGUAUUUAAGGUAACCAAAGGGCAAAAAUAAGAUGAUCAAUUAUGUACAUGCUAAUGCAUAUUGUAACUGUACUGCAUUUUUCUUGUUUGUUAAUUUUUUUUUAGCUUUGUUUGGAGUGCUAUUUUUUAAAUCCCUUGCUCCUUUGUUGUGAUUU